UCUGUAUCCGACGUGAUGAUGUCAUCAUAUCAGUGCGGUAUACCUGAGAAGGCGAUAGCUGUGAUUCUUCGCCAGCUCCUCGACGCGCUUUCCUAUCUCCAUGCUCAACGAAUUAUACAUAGGUCGAUCCGGGCCAACCACAUCUUGAUAGACGCUCAUGGUGGAGUGCGUCUUACCGGUUUCCGUCUUUCGCGAAGACUCUCAUAUAACGAAAAGUCAACUACGGAUUUUGACAAUCAUCUUGAGUCAUCAUUGCUCUGGUUGGCGCCGGAAGUAUUGGGACAGGAUCUUAGCGGGUAUACGAGCAAAGCUGACAUCUACAGUGUUGGUGCCACACUGUGCGAGAUGGCAAAUGGCUUCCCACCUUUUGGGGAUAUGAAUCGGUUGGAGAUGCUUUACGAAAAGUCCCGAGGAACUACGCCACGGCUUCUGGACUCAACAACACUGCCGUCAUAUGAAGAACCAUCCGAGCAUAGUGAACGAACUUUUACCGAGUCUUUCCAUAGCAUAACUGGCUUGUGUUUGAAGGCAAAUCCUGUUAACAGGUACUUUCAGAAGAGCGAGUGUACAUGGCACUAUAUUUCUAGGCCAGACGCCACUGCUCUUCUUUCUCAUCCAUUUUUGAAGAAAACCAAAAAAUCACUCUUAGACCUCAUGCCCCUUGCUCAAAAGCUGGAACAGGUUCAAAGAGGUGAUAUUUAA